UGGGAGCUGAAGCAAGGGUUUGAUGAUUUGGUGUGCUGGGGGCUGAUGAACUUGAGAGAGAAGUGUUGGAUGCUGUGGUUGAACGAAAAUCUGGUUUGGGAGGAGGGAGCGAGAGGAGCCCCUGGUCCGUGACCCUCCCCUGGGUCUGGGUGGGAUGUCCGCAGUGGGUGGCAGCAGCGCUCACCUCGCCGGCAGCUCUGCGCGGGGAAGAGCAGCCUCUUCCCUGCCACCACGGACUUUCUUGUUGGACCUCGGUGGUGUGGAGAUGUGGGAGAGACUGCGGGAGCUCUGCGGGCAGCUGCCCUCCUGCCCCACAGCCUCAAAGGGUUAACAGGUCCCGGGGGGGAGCCUGGAGGGACCGUUCACACUCUCUGCCCAAUCCUGGGAAUCCCUCUGUGCUAAUUAAGCACUAACCAGAUCAGAGGCUCCAAUCAGGCAAUCAACACCCCCCUGGCCCCUGUCUUCAGGUCCCCGGCCCAGGCUGCUCUUUGUCUGCGGGAAGGAGAGCAAAGCAAUGUGGCUUCUCCCCACGCAUGCCAGCCUUAGAGCCAGCCUUGCCUGGGCUCUGCUGAGCGUGGUUCUGGCGAUGGAGUUAAGCUUGCAGGAAAGUUUGCUGUUAAAAUCCUUGGGUUUGAGUGCCAAGCCCAGCCCAAAAGCCCCCGUUCCUGUGCCAUCUGUGCUCUGGAGGAUCUUCCAGAAGAGAAAGACGCUGCCUUCUGCAAACAAAGACCUGGCGGAUGCUUGUAGGGUGGAGGAAUUUAAUGUCCCUGGGAACAUCAUCCGUGUCUUCGCUGACCAAGGCCACUUCAUUCCUAACGGGCAGCCCCAGAGGUUGCUGUGUCUGCAGAAGCGUCUCUACUUUAACCUCUCUGUGCUGGAGGAGGGCGAGCGCUUGACGAUGGCUCAGCUGGAGAUCAAAUUCAGCCACAACUCCUACCACACCUCCAGCCAGAGGCAGGUUUUUGAGCUGAGGCUCUACCAGACCUCCCAGAUGUCUCUACGGGGGAUGCAUUCCCAUGAGCACAGCCGAAAGCUGCUGGUGGAGCAGUCCUUUGCCCAGCUGCACAAGUCUCUUCUCUUCAACCUUUUUUAUGCCUUGAGAGCGUACAGCAUGAAUCUGGGCCUGAUCCUGGAGAUCUCGGUGAGCGGUGGCAAGGGUGCAUCAGCCCAGGCGAGCAGGGGGCUGCAGAGCCUCUGCGCCAGCAUCGACUCCUUCCUGGACACCUCUCUCCUGGUGGUGACCCUCAGCCAGCAGCAGUGCAAGGCUUCCAGGAGGAGGAGAAGCGCUCACUACACCCCCGUCACUCCGAGCAACCUCUGCAAGCCCAGGCGGCUCUACAUCAGCUUCAGCGACGUCGGCUGGGAGAACUGGAUCAUCGCCCCGCAGGGCUACAUGGCGAAUUACUGCCUGGGCGAGUGCCCCUUUCCCCUGACGGCGGAGCUGAACAGCACCAACCACGCCAUCCUCCAAACCAUGGUGCACUCGCUGGACCCGGACGGGACCCCCCAGCCCUGCUGCGUCCCCGUCAGGCUCUCCCCCAUCUCCAUCCUCUACUACGACAACAACGACAACGUGGUGCUGAGGCACUACGAGGACAUGGUGGUGGAUGAGGGUGGCUGCAGAUAGCGGAGCGGCGGGGGGAGCGCGUGCCGCGGGGUCCCGGCUGAAGCGGCGAAUGAGUGUUGGAAUAAAUCCAAGUGUGUUAAAUCCCCUCUGUGCUGGUGGUCGGGGAGUUUCCCGCUGGUGCCUUCUCCACAUGCGGCCGGGGAGGAGGUCUGGCACGAAGGGCUCAUCGCGGGAGUUGCAAUUUCGUAAUCGCUGGGUGCUGGGCCCUCCCAAGCAGCUGCCUGCUGCAGUCAGGGGGCUGGUAUGGGAUUAUGAUCACGUCUGAUGCUGGUUGUCUAUUCCGUUCUCCGGGGGCGAUGGCAGCACCAGGCUGUGAAUCCCAGACCCCUCCUGCUGGGCCGAGCUGCUGCUGGUGCCAGCGAGGCACCCAUGCUGGA